CCCAUGCGAGCUAUUCAUUUCCUUAUUUUCCGUUCCUGGGACAGCAGUAAAAAACGUUGUAUAUUCUACAAAAAUUUAAGCGAAAUCGAAAGACAACCUGCCAGUAAUGAAUGACAAUGCAGAAGAAAAAGCUUGGGUUGAAGCUAAAGCCGUUUUUGAUAACUUAAAAACCAAGAAACCUAGACCCCCCAAGCCACGAUAUGCAGUUACCAUCGCUGUCUCAUCUCGCACCUUAUUCGACAUGGUUGCGGAGAGAAAGAUAUUUGAAGAAGAGGGCCUCGAGAAGUAUGUUCAAUAUCAACAGAAGAACGAGGACGAGCCCCUAAAAGCAGGGGCUGCGUUUCCUUUUGUGAAGGCUUUGAUGACAGUAAAUUCUCGGUUGAGGGAGCUCUACCCAGAGAGUGAGGAGCUGUUUGACAUCGUCUUGAUGACAAAUAACCAUGCUCAGGUUGGGGUGCGCCUUAUCAAUAGUAUCAAUCACUAUGAUUUAACUAUAGAGAGAUUUUGCAUGACCGGAGGAAGAAGCCCCAUUGGCUAUCUUAAAGCUUAUAUGACCAACCUCUACCUAUCUAAGGAUUCUAAGAAAGUCACAGAGGCCAUUGAGGAGGGUAUUGCUGCUGCCACCAUGUUUAAUCCAGACAUGAAAAACCAGUUGAGCGACACCCAGUUAAAAGUGGCCUUUGAUGGGGAUGCUGUGCUGUUUUCUGACGAGUCUGAAAUUAUUGUGAAAAAACACGGCUUGGAUACAUUUUUUGAGCAUGAGAAAGAGUUUGAAAACAAACCUCUCGCAAAAGGUCCAUUGAAGUGUUUCUUGGAGGCACUUGGGAAACUUCAGAAGAAGUUCUAUGCUAAGAAUGAGCGUAUUACCUGCCCCAUACGUACCUACCUGGUAACAGCCCGCAGUGCUGCCAGCUCAGGGGCCCGUGUCCUGAAGACUUUGAGGAGCUGGGGCCUUGAGAUCGAUGAGGCCCUCUUCCUGGCUGGGGCACCUAAAGGGCCCCUUCUGCAGAAAAUCCAGCCACACAUCUUCUUUGAUGACCAGAUGUUCCAUAUCGAGGGAGCAAAAGAACUUGGGACUAUCUCUGCGCAUGUGCCUUAUGGGAUUGGGCAGAAGUACCAUAAUAGCAAACUUAUUGAGCAGCCUGCAAAAGACAAGUAAAUGUAACAUCAUUCUCAAUACAAACACCUAUGGGUGUGCCCUGAAUUUCCUAAUGUUUGACAUUUUAUGAUUGUUGAGUGCUUUUGGCUAUAUUUUAUACUCUUAAAUGGGAAAUACUGGGCUUUAAAUGGGCGACUGAAAUAGGGAAUAAUUUACUGUUGCGGUGUAGUACAGAGUGGACCCAAACCCAGCACAGAUACACUGAGGCAGCAGUAGUCUGAGGUGAUUUUAUUGGGGUGUAGUCUUGAGAUUGUGAACCAGCGGGUUGGCAGGCAGACAGGUACAAGGUACACGCAUCCUGGGUACAAAGAAAAACAGGUUUUAGAGAAGGCAAUAUUCUAAGGAAUAUUUGAGGGUCUAAAGGUGCACACUAUAACGUGACAACGAUCUGACGAGGAGUGGUUGGAAAGCCGGGUUGAAGUAUUGUAGGAUGAUGAGGUAAUGGGCAGCAGGUGUGGAGGGUCUAGGUAGGAUAACAUAGGAGAACCAGCAGGGGAUGUAAAAUGGACAGGGACCAGGCUGUGCCUGUGGCCGUAACAUUCACCUCAAGUCUUCUGUCCACAACCCUUUGGAGAGACUAUAUCACCUCCCCUUUUUAUUGAAUUGAAUAGAUUUUAUGUUGUCAUCUUUAAUAUUGGAAUGUUCAUUUUCUUAUAAUUACCAUACUAUUAUCAGUUGAAUAGCACAAUUUGUCAUGUUCGUUACAGUGUCAAAUCACAUCAUUGUAUCAUCUGUGUUACACCCACACAUUCUUGCUCAUGCAUUUAAUUUUGUGCCUUGAAACCAAGAUUAAUUGAUUCACCUCAAUGUCAAUAAUGGCCACCUGCUUUGUGUAAUUUUUUGCUUUACAAGCCUACGUAAAGGCAAGACUGUGAUAGAAUGUGGCGAGAGACACUGAUGCCUGUAGCACCUUUGUGCUGUAGUCAAGGCCCGAAAGGUUGCUUGUGAAGGGAGUUCUGAAGCAAGGCAAUUUAAGUUAGGUAUAUUCUACAUUCCUUUUGUGUCAGUCAUGCCAUUGCUAUGCGCACAUCUUUAAAUAGAAAUACAUAACAUUCUUGGUGAGGUUUAUAACAAUGCAACAACAUGCAGACAUGGGAACACAAAACUCAUGUACAAAAGACUUCAAAACAAUGACUAUUUUCGCAACCUGUUUGUGAUUUUGAUGGAUAGGGCACAUUUUAUUACUUGUUUGUACAACUUCUUAAAUUGUAUUUCUCAGCCUUUUAGUGUCACUUGGUUUUGCACAUAAGGUAAGGAGGUUACUAUUCGUAAAUAAAGGAUUUACA